AAAGUUUCUAAAAAAAAUUGAAAAAAGACUGGAGUUGAACCGUUGUUUUCCUUCAAAAUUAUUCACGAGGAAACGUUUUGCCGUUUUGCGAAGUAAAAAAAUCAGCGAUGUCAUACAGCUCUAACAUAAGCCCCUCAUUUGCUAACUUGACAUUGAGUGAUGGCAACUGGACCGGGGGUGACAAGCCAGCUGUUUCCACGUGGGAUGAUGCCACUUGGAUUCUCACCUCCACCUUUAUCAUUUUCACCAUGCAGAGCGGUUUUGGUCUCCUUGAGUCUGGUUCAGUCAGUCGAAAGAAUGAAGUGAACAUCAUGACUAAGAACGGAGUGGACGUUCUGCUAGGUGGACUGUCCUACUGGAUGCUCGGCUACGGGAUCAGCUUCGGAAGUACAUCUCUCUAUGGAUUCAUGGGCUUGGGGGACUUUUUCACCAACACGAAUAACCCCGAUACAAUGGGGGAUAAAUAUGCACACUUUUUCUUCGAAGCCAGCUUCGCUACGACCGCGACAACUCUCGUCUCGGGUGCGAUUGCUGAGCGGGCUGACUUUUUGGGCUACGUGGUGUUCUCGUUUUUCAAUACUUUCAUCUACGUGUUUCCUGCCCACUGGAUCUGGCACGAGGAUGGCUUCCUCAACAAACACUUCGAGGCCAUAGACUACGGGGGAAGUGGAGCUGUGCACUUGGUUGGGGGAAUCACAGCCUUGACUGCCGCGUGGAUGCUGGGUGUUAGGAAGAACAGAUACAAGCACCCUGAGUUGUUCACCAUGGACCACCCUGCCACUGCCAUAUUUGGUUUGUUCAUGCUCUGGUUCGGUUGGAUGGGCUUCAACUGUGGAAGCACUUACGGGGUAACGGGCGGCAAGUGGAAGCUGGCGGCCAAGAGUGCAGUCACCACCGUCAACGCAUCAGUAGGCAGUGGCAUCAGCUCUAUUAUUUUGAGUUACGUGUUGAGAAAUGGAAAGUGUGAAGUGCCCCUCGUAAUCAAUGGACUGCUGAGUGGCCUCGUGGGGGUCACUGCUCUCUGUCCCGUCAUCACCCCAGGAGAGGCCAUAGUGAUAGGGUGUCUCAGCCCAAUUGUGAUGAUACUGGCCCAGGAGGCCUUGCACGCGUACAAAGUAGACGACCCAGUGGAUGCAUUCGCUGUACAUGGAGCAGUUGGGUUCUGGAGCCUGAUCUGUGUGGGUCUGUUUGCCCACGAGGACCCCACCCGGGAGGCACUGCUGAAGAGGAAUGGACUGUUGAGAGGGGGCAACUAUGAACUGCUGGCCGCACAGACACUGUACGGCGUCGUGUGCUGUGUAUGGGCCGCAUUCUCUACCUACGUCAUCAUGAAGUGCAUAGACCUGACAAUCGGUGUACGUGCAGAGCCAAUCAUAGAGUUGUUCGGGCAUGACUUAUCCGAACAUGGGAUCGGAGGAACGCUCUACCGCAAGACUCGAGAGGUGUUCGACAACAACGGGAACUUCGUCGGAAUAGCCCGGAAGGGGCUCUCCGAGAAACAGCAGUGGGCUCUGUUUCGAAAAGUGAUUUUGUGUAAAAUUAAGAACCAAUAUCCGCAUUUUCCGGACCAUGACCAGCGUCGCUUGUCAAUCAGUGACAUGCUCGAAACUAUGAACAUUGACAAGACCAUGAAAGAGGCAAAAAGAAGAAAUGUUCAAGAAAUAGCUAUGGCCAUGCGGCCAUAUAAAGCGGAAUAA